UCUCAAUUUUCACUCUCCUUCGUAAUUGAGCGCCAAAAUCGUUGUAUCUCUAAUCUAUGCGCACCUCAUCCAGCAUCGUGAGAUCCUGAAAGGAUGGAGCCCGACUUCACGGACCCGAGCCACGAGUGGUGGGCCCGGCCAUCGGACGGCUGCUUGGUUCCACUCGUGCUCCAGUGCGGCCAAGAGCCGGAUAUUCUGCCCGAGACAUCGAGGUGGUCGCGCCUGGGGAAGUUACCUUCCCGAGUGUCGCCAGUUUUGCGCGUCUCUUACUGGGCAGCCUCAUCUUUGUUCGUUCCUGGGACUAGGAAAUACAAUAUUGGCUUUUACACACUGGCGGUGACAGCGCUGAAGCUCCUUGUAGCAUGGCCGGUGCUUUGCAUGCUGGUCUGCUGGGCGGGUAAUCUUGGGACAAGCGCACAACAGCUUGUCGAUGCUCGCAACAAAAAGAACUCACGUUACGAUAACGUAUGCGUUCUCUCAACGGAGGCAAGCAGCCGUAAGAGACCGUCUUCAAAUCGACACCCGGUAGAACAGGAUGCCAUUCUUCCUGGGCCCCUGCAAGAAGAAAGGCCUCCAGCAUCAGAGCAGCAAUACACCGACAACAUCAGGUUGAGCGGGUCUCUGCCGCCUUCAGGACCUCGUGUUGACAGCUCGCCAACUUCUCUUCGUCCACGAUACCUAUGCUUCGUCAAAGACUUUGAACAAGGUAUAUACGAGACAGUCAAGGUUUCUGAUUACCUCCAGCAGCACGGAGACGAUGUAGACCUUGAGUUCGUCUUCGUCUCAUACACCAGGCUCCAGUUCAGGGUAGCUACGGAGGAGGAACUCAACAAGCACGACUACCCAGACGAAGCUACCAGGAACGCUAACAAAGAAGUUGCACGACAGGAUCGAGACAUCUUGGCCAAAUGGGGCAUGGAUGCCGCAAAAAGGGUGGGAAAGAGAGCAUUCUGGCUCGACUUCGAGUGUGUCAGGAACGAUGACGGCAUUGCACGAUCGACGAGCAGUAGUCAGGACGUCUAUCGAAUUUGCGACAUUGUUCGCGCGGCACAUUCCAUGAUCAUUGCCAUCGGGCCAUCCGCCAACGACAAGGUCGCCUCAAUCCUUGCUAACACUGAGCCUCCUGAGUACAAGCGUGAGAACGUCACGCCGUGGCUACGACAGUGGGGAUCGCGCCUGUGGACGCUGCCCGAACUCCUGCUUUGCCCAGCGGAAUAUCGCAUACGACUCUACGCCCUCGGGGACCAAGCGGAACCCAAGGAAGUGGCGAAACGCAACUUUGCUGAGCGAGCAUGGGAUGACGCGGAGGCUGUGAAGGAACUCGUGGACCACUUCGAAGGAUCCGCAAUCCUUACCGACCUUCGGCUCAUUGAAGCUGCUCUCGCUUGUUUCUCGAGGCGUCAGACUGAUCAAUUCAACAAGGGAGACAUUGCAUACGCAACAAUGGGUCUGUUCCCCAACCGCCAUCGACCUCCAGUGAACAAAGAAGACUCCGGAUUCCAGGCCUUUGCCAAGCUCUCCAUCGCCAAUGAUAGCGGAGCCUUCCUCAGCAGGUUGAUAUCCCUCUCUCCGCCAGACGGAGCCCCAUGGCACCGGGUAGAAGAUACCUGGGGUGCUAGGCUCAGCGAGAUCUUCCCAAGCGUCAGUAUAUCCGGCGUGGUCGGCGCCGAUACAGUCAUGCUAGACAAGGUUUACGGUGCGACGAUUCAUUGGGACAACCUCGAACCAGAGCCUUAUUUCGACAGGAGUUUUGGGAUGCGUUAUGUCGUUUUCGCCGGCUUCACGUACUUUGCAUGCUUCUCCGUCCCCAUGGCGUUCUCUUUCUUCACUGGCAUUGCCAGCAUCGUGCUCUCAGACUUCAUGCGAUUAUCGAUCUGGCAGGUCUACAUAUGGCUCCUUCCGCUUGCCGUGGUCUUUGCUUUAUUGUUCCCAAUAAUUUUAAUCUCGACACGGGGCAGAGUCAAACAACCUGCCAAGUCCCGACUCAUCGGCAUAGAGGGUAUCGUCGACUCAGCAAGCAUUGAAAAGCACCUCUGGGGAUUCAAUCACGGCAAUCUCAGCACUACAAACCCACAACAUUACAGCGAUGAGCAUGAUUUACGAGAUCCCCAAACAUCUACACAGCCCUCCGGGUCGCCUAUCGGAAGUAGCAGCUUCGCUUUCACUCUGGUGGAUACAUACUUGAUGACGGUCACGCACUUCCACUGCCGUCUUCCCCCAGUCGCCAUACUCGAAUGUGGCUCUGAAGGUGGCCUACAGCGAACUUUUCUCUGCUCUUACGACGCUCGAACGAAUACGUUCCACAGGCAAGCUGUCUUAAGGGUUAAUCGUCGAGGGGUGGAGCAGUUGCAUCGUAUUGAUAAGAUUCGGCUGUCUUUGGCACCCCACCCCCAACCCAAUGAGCAGACCCACGACACCAUAUACGAUGCAUCAUCCUCUCUCCCCAGUGACGAGAUGGGGCCGAUGCGAGUACAGAACAGCAUAGCCAAGACUCCUACUCUAUUCAAUCGUUCUGCCACAUGGAAAGUGGAAUUUCUCUUCUUCGCACUAUGUCUUGCCGGACUGAGCACUCUCGGCCCAUCUAAUUCCGCCAAGCCAUCCGCAAUUUUCACCUUUCAUGAGUGGUUCCUCGUGGGUCAAAUUCCAGGCUUCAUCCUGCUGCAGUAUUUGCCGCUCAACCAAGUCGCCAUCUGCACUUUCGCAGCGAACAGUAUUCAGAAGUCCUCAUCACUCUCCCUCACAAGCCAGAAACUAAUCAUCGAACAGUUCUAGUCAGCAUCGUGAGAGGCGGGGUAUUGUUUCACCACAUCGCCGUGCUGCUCUCCAGGGUCCACGCCGUCUUGAGAAUCUGUCUCGCGUUGACCCUCGUCAAGUACAUGAUAACAUGGUACCCUAUCAAGGAGUUGCCACUGCGCUUCCUCUCCUGGAACAUUG